GACAUAACGGAUGUUGAUGUGUUCUUUCGCGAUUGUACUCGCCGUAAAUGUUUAAUUAUUUCAUGAAUAUCGCUAUUAUAAUAGCUUCGCAAUAUAGUAUUUAUAAACACAAAUAUAAGUGAGAUUUAAUAAAGUUUGUACGUUCCUUAAUUAGGUAAAAUGUCUUCGUGGGUUAAUGAAAAUUGUGUAUCAUUUUUACACCUAUUUUGUAUUAAAGUUGUAAAAACAGGGCGCGUACCUCAGCAUAUAGCCUUUAUAAUGGACGGGAAUCGUCGUUAUGCAAAGAAGCACAAAGUCGUGUGCGGAGUGGGGCACCACCGUGGCUUUAAUAAACUUUCAGAAACUCUCAAGUGGUGUUUGGAUCUUGGUAUCCCAGAAGUUACUGUUUAUGCAUUCAGUAUUGAGAACUUCAAAAGAAGUGAGCAGGAAGUCAAGGAGUUGAUGGACUUGGCAAGGGAAAAAUUCAGGAGUUUACUCAAUGAAAUUGAACAAAUCAAUGAAUGGGGAGUGCGUCUACACAUAGCUGGCCGGCUGUCAUUAUUACCCAAAGACCUUCAAGCCACAGUGUCCAGAGUCAUGUUGGAAACAAGGCACAACAACAAACUGAGACUCAAUAUUGCAUAUGCAUACACAGCUCGAGACGAAAUAAGCAGAGCAGCCUCACAGUUAGUGAAAGGAGUGAAGGAAAAUGAGUUGUCUGUAGAUGACAUAGACGCAGACUUAAUAUCACAAACAUUAGAACUGGGGGAGCCUGACUUGUUAGUGAGGACUUCAGGAGAAGUGAGACUUUCAGAUUUUAUGCUGUGGCAGAUAUCAAAAAGGACUGUUCUAUACUUUACGGAAGUUUUAUGGCCUGAAUUCUCUAUUUGGAACCUUUUAGCCGCGAUACUUCAUUUCCAAAGACAUGCUCCAGAAAUUGAAGAUGAUCCACCCAUUGUGCAAAGACAACAAGAUUUUCUGGAAAAAAUUGAAACCAAGAGAUGGCAGGAUCUGGAAAAGCUUGUGGGCUGUUGAUAAUAAAUGUAUUUAAGAAACAUAAUAAUAUUUAUAAGCAAUAUGAUUUAGGAAAAAAUAUUCAUGAUGUAAGUUAAUAUUACACUGUGAAUAGCUUUUGAUGCCUUUGAUAUACAUUAUAAUCUAAAAAUUAAAUAUAUUUUUGUGAAGUAUUUAAGUUAA